AUGUUCGAAAGUGCACUCCAUCCCCAACAACCGCCCACCUUCAACAUGUUCAAUAUCCUGCGCGUUCUCGCUUACACCUGUGCCAUGGUCCCACUGGCUGCGAGCUUCAUCCUGGACACGCCCGCUAGCACAAUCACCUCCGGGGAAGAAGUAACCAUCACCUUCACCAAGCAGCUCGGCGACCCCAAGAGGUUUACUCUCGAGCUCGUAAACACCGAUUUGCAUUCGGCUUUCGCCAUUGCGAACGACGUCUCGACGUCUGCUGGGGAGAUCAUCAUUGCUCUUCCUAUCGUUGCCGCUAGUGACGACUAUGCACUCCGAGCUGUUAGCAUCAGCGACAUCGACGUGAUAUACGCUUUAACCGCGAUCUUCACUAUAUUGGCCGACUAG